ACAUCAAAGCCCCUGAGCUGCCCGAAGAGCCAGAGAAUCCCUCAGGAACUGAUAACGUUCUGGAGGCCCAGACAGAAGAGGAGAACAGAUCAGGGGUGAAAGGCCAGUCUGCUGAUAUGGAUGGCAUCCAAACAGCAGAGGAACAGAAGGAACGCGGCACUGCGGACGAAGACCAGUCGCACAUGCAGCUCUCCGUUCCAGAUCUCAUCCACAAGGACGGCCUAGAGCUCAAGCAGAAGCUGAGCAGCUCCGAGAGCAGAAUGGCGUCCACACCACGGCCAGGGAAAGGAGACCGUCGCAUCAGCGUGAGCGAGGGAGAACUUCUGCAGAACGGCUCAGUGGAACACACGAGAACAUCCAGCGGGGAGAACGACGAACCACACCCAGACCUGCUUUCAUUCGAGUGAAAACCUGGAAUAGAAAUGGACAAUGUCAUGAUAUGAAGUUCUUCGUCAUGUUCUUCAAGCGAGAAGGGACUCACUCAUGACUAAAGGAACCAAGCAAAGUGGAUUUAAUGUCAUGACAUUUCUGUGAACCACUGUCAGUGUUGCCAGAUUGGGCAGUUUCAAGUGCAUUUUGGUGGGUUUUGAACAUAUUUUGGGCUGGAAAACGUCAGCAGUAUCUGGCAACACUGACCACUGUCAUGCCUGAGUAUGCACUAUAACAUGUUUAUUACGCCUCACUUUAUCAUAUAUUACCACAGAAAUAUAUUCUGAAUAUUUUAUUUACUUUAACAACUCAAAUCACUAUUUUAGAUUUAUGAUUAAGCUUUUUCUGCACCUGUCAAUACUUCUAGACAUUUCAGAGAUUAUUCUUGUUGUGCGUUUUAUACUAAAGGAUUGGCAGCGCAGCAUCAGUAGAAGCCAAAGUGAGGAUUUUAUUGCUGUAAUACUUCGAAAGCUCCAUAUCCAGCUUCCGUCUCACGACAGACUCACCCUGUGUUCACACUGGCAAGAGAUAAAGUCGGAGUGAGCUUCAGUACAGCCACAGCGCCAAGCCAUGUGCGUUUAAUUCAAUUAAAAAAAAAAAAAGAGUAAUCCUCACUCAGAUUAGUGCUUUAUUACCACUUUUUACUAAAAACAUUAGGUAUGUUGUUUCUAUCCAGUUAAUUUUGCUUCAGUUUUGUCAUUAUAAAAUGACAUUUCUAUGUAAUAUUUUACAUAUCACCACAACUUUAUUCUCUUUAACUUUAGCAGAUCUGUUGUUCGUCGAUGCAUUUGCAAACUUUUUUUAACAAUAUUUUAUUUUAUUUUAUGGCUUGCGCAUAAGAAUGCAUGACGUCAAUGAACACUAAGCUACUAGAGCUGACGCACAACUGAGAUGAACUAAAGAAUGAUCUCUAUGCACUCCCAAAGCUCAUCUCAUCUCAUCUCAUUAUCUCUCGCCGCUUUAUCCUGUUCUACAGGGUCGCAGGCAAGCUGGAGCCUAUCCCAGCUGACUACGGGCGAAAGGCGGGGUACACCCUGGACAAGUCGCCAGGUCAUCUUUCGAACGCUGACGUAAUCAAGCCGGAAGUUUCCCGUGUCCAAAAUCGCUCUCUACUGACUAUAUAGGGCACUAUAUAGCGUGGACGCCAUUUUGUAGUGCUGUCCGAAAUCUUUGUGAGGAUUAUGUGUGAAAUGCGCUCAGUAUAAUAUGGAUUUAUCACAAAAAUACAUGCAUGUGUUUAUUAUUUUGAAAACCCACCAGCCGACUGAUCUGGCACGUUUUAAUUGUGCGACAGUAACGACGUAAAUACCAGCGCGACGGGCUCGUCCUUAUCCUGUCGUCUUUCCAACUCUUCUCUACUCCACGUUGGUUCGGAGUCGUAUGGAAUAAUCUCCAUCACUGAUGAAGCUGGCAAAUCUCGAAAUUAAUCUAAAUUGGAAUGAUAUGGCGAUCUGGCCGCUGUGUAAAGAGUUUUCAAAAUGGCGGCGUUGACACUUCACGUUUGAAGUCUCGCACAAGUCUCGUGAAGAUCACAUGGAUAAGCGACGCCUGCCGUGGACCAAACGAACUACAUUCAAUACGGCUAAAAACAGAAAAGGCUGAUAAGUGUAAUAUAAUAUGCCAAAACGAGUCAUGAUAUAAGGUUCCAAAAACGUAAUUGAAUAACACGUUAAGUAAGAAAUAAAGCAAAUUUAAAAAUGACUUCAGUUCUCCUUUAACUAAAACGGGGCAGUCGAGCAGGAACGUUAGUCCAACAUAGACUGGUACCAAAAUCCAGAAUUGUGACACCCAAAGGCAUUUUUGAGACAAAGUCGGCAAACAGUCUUAUUUUGUCAAUUUGGGUGUGCCGAAUUCAAAUCUGCAAUAUGCCGAGCUCUAUCUGACCUCUGUUGACCUCUAGAGGUCAUAUAGAGCUCGGCAUAUUGCAGAUUUGAAUUCGGCACACGCAUUCGCCAUAUCAUUCCAUACUAACCCUGAUUAACCUGUAUACCCUGUAUGCCCCCACAUUUUGUAUGCUGCUGAAUCUGUCCUUUUUUCAGUAGCUUUGUAUAAACAAUAACCGCUAAAUGUAAUGCAAUGUUAUGUAAGGUGAUCGCCUAGGCAUUCUCAUUGUGAAAAGUAAGUCACAUGUACAUGGGCUGGCAUUUAAUGUUGUAUUUGUUCCUUUCUAUUUGUUUUUUGUCUGUUCAUAUUCUUUUUGGGGGAGUAAAGUCAGUUUAAAAAGGCCGUUCAACGCAUAGGCCUAUAGGCCAAGUUUAAUGACCUUGAGGUUAUCAGAGGUCAUAUGUCGUUUUACAAAUGAAAAAUGAAUUCAGCACCCAAACAUUUAACAAACAAGGCCAUUUGCUAACUUCAUUAAUCAUUUUAGUACAUUUCAUUCCUUAAAAGCUGAGAAACUGGGUUCAGCUGAGACGUUUACAGGCCCAAAGUUCAAUGACCUCUAGAGGUCAACAGAGGUCAGAUAGAGCUCGGCAUAUUGCAGAUUUGAAUUCGGCACACCCAAAUUGACAAAAUAAGACUGUUCGCCGACUUUGUCUCAAAAAUGCCUUUAACUCCUUAAAUAAGCACUUCUUUAAAUGUUGGUACCAGUCUAACACAGCAGCAGAGACAGUUUCACAUAAAGGCAGCAACAGCCACCGUCAAAUGGUGCGAUCGGAGUCUUGUUCUCCGACUCAACUUGAAAUUUUCUUUAAUGACUCGGAUUUGAACACUGGGGACUCGAGACUGGACUCUGACUCGAGGUUUAAUGACUCGAGUACAACACUGUUCAAACAUCAUGAACCCAGUUACAAACGGAAAAGUUAUCGGCUUCAAGACUUUUUCAAAGCUUUUAUUUGAUUCUUCAUGCAAGAUGAUGUUUGGACUCCCAGAUAAUUGGAAAUAUCCAGAAACUGCAUGUUUGGAAAGUUGUUGAAAUCGCUUGAAAAGUCUGGGUUUUUUAAGCUGCCGGGGUCCAAUCCAUCGCAUUCAAUAUUUUUUCUUGAUAUCUCGAUUUUGCUUUCAGUUCUAAUCCGUCAACAGUCAGAUGUAGAACGUUUUCCACAAGAUGACGACGGACGCGGACUUGACUUGGACGCUAUCUUUGAUAGUUAGUUGCCCGUCACUUGGAAACCGGAAGUGAACCAGGAAGCAAAAAGUCACGUGAUUGCAAGCAAAGGAUAAAAUAAUGCACGGCCACAAAAUACUAAUGCAGUAGGUUUAUAUCACCACUGGAGCUCUGUACUACUCCAUUAUAAAAGUCUGUAAUGAUUUUGGGAUUUUUUUUUUUUUAAAUACGUAAAGGUAAACUGCUGUUAAGAUUUUCAUUGUCGGUGAAACAGAUCCUUAGUAGCCAGUUGUAAUGGUGGCUGACUUUAAGGCACUUUAAAUGGCUUUUUUUUUCCUUUUUUGGGGCAUUAUUAUAAUAUGCAGGUCACAUGUCUAACCUUUACAUUAGUCUGUACACAUUUCACAGCUGGAACUGGAAACAGGUGGAUUAUCUCGAAGAGGACGUGAACUGGGCGCGACAUCUCUGACUUUCUUGCUCGUUUUUGAACACCGAGUCCACAGUGAUAUGAGGAAUCCACAAAACUACAGGUCCAGUCAAAAGUUUGUGCACCCCUGCUCUACUCAGUCAGAGGGUUUUCUUUCUGUAUUUUGUAUUUUCUACAUUGUAGAACGUCCAUCCGUCCGUUAUCUCUAGCCGCUUUAUCCUGUGCAGGGUUGCAGGCAAGCUGGAGCCUAUCCCAGCUGACGAGAGGCGGGGUACAUUCUGGACAAGUCGCCAGGUCAUCACAGGGCUGACACACAGACACAGACAACCAUUCACACUCACACUCACACCUACGGUCAAUUUAGAGUCACCAGUUAACCUAACCUGCAUGUCUUUGGACUGUGGGGGAAACCGGAGCACCCGGAGGAAACCCACGCGGACACGGGGAGAACAUGCAAACUCCGCACAGAAAGGCCCUCGCCGGCCCCGGGGCUUGAACCCAGGACCUUCUUGCUGUGAGGCGACAAUUGUAGAACAAUACUGAAGAUAUCAAAACUAUGAAACAGCUUAUCGAACAUAUCUGGAAUUAUGUCGUAAACCAAAAAAAGUGUUCAAAAACCAACAUGCUUGAUAUUUUAGAUUCUUCAAAGCAUCCAGCGUUUACCUUGAUGACGCUUUGUACACUACUGGCAUUAUCUUAACCAGCUUCAUGGAACGCUUUUCAAUUAACAGCUGUGCUUCGUCGAAAGUUUCUUGCCUUCUUAAUGCGUUUGAGAUCAAACAGUAAAUAGUACACAAUAAAAACGCAGUCCAUAUUAUGUCAAGAACUGCUCAACUAAGGGCCCGUUUACACGAGGACGCUGUCGGGUAAAAACGGCUAAAUAUUUUAUCGGAAGUGCCUUUCGUCUACACGGGGACGGCGUUUACGAGACUGAAAAACGGCAAAAAUUGAAAACGCCUUCCAGAGUGGAUAAGUUAAAAACGGCCCCCGUUGCGUAUCCGUCUAAACUACAGUACCCAAUACGCGAAACUCUGCUCGGAUCUGCUCACGUCGGGUACGCGUUUACGUCAUACAUGUGUCAUAUACUGUACAUGCCAGCCCGGGAAGUAAGAAAGUAAGUAAAAAAGUAAGAGCAUGUCUGAUUACAUCGAUCCAACGGACCUUCAAGCUGCUCUGGCAGCUUUAAUAAACGUCCAGGAGUCCUUCGAACAUCUAUACCGAAUCUGCACAUAUACCGUUAAUGAACAGAGGCGGGUAUAGCAUGCUCUUACUUUUUUACUUACUUUCUUACUUACCAUAGCCAGAGUAGUCAAAGUUUUCGCGGCGCAGAUGUGCAGAUCAGACAAGACGGAAGACGUUGCGCAUGCGUGCAGACAUAGCGGAGGUCUUUCACAGCACCACCAAGCCGCCUGGCAUGCACAUCCAAUUGAAUUCCACACAUUUAUGCGUCACCGUAUAGACGCAGAUUUCCUCCUUGAAAACGGUCGUGUAGACGCGGAAAAAAGCGAGAACGAAAACGGACUUUUGCGUUUUUGUUUCAGACCGUCCCCGUGUAAAGUGGGCCUAAGUAAACAAACGACAUCCAUCAUUCCUUUAAGACAUGAAGUGUGUUUUAAUUCAUAAAAGAAAAAGCACUGAAUUAGAAGGCGUGUCCGAACUUUUCGCAUGUUGAGUGUAAUCAUGUUGGUUCCAGAGAUGAGUGCAUCAGCAGUCAGGUAGAAGAUGCUGGAAAGGUGAGAAGGAUGCAUCAGAAACGUAGGGGCUGAAUUAGCAGGGAAAAAAGCACUAAUAAAGAUGUUUAGGUGUUCACUUUUUUGACCUGAUUAACCUGCUCGUGGUUGUGAUCGUAGAUGGUUAUUCGGUAUAACUACAGCUGUGUGUUAAAGCUGAAGGAAGUCGAAAGUAAGGCCCUGUCCACACGGCAGCGGAUUCAGGUGAAUCCGAUAAAAUUGUUUAGCGUUCCGACCUGGCGUCCACACGGCACCGGCGUUUUGGGUGCCCCAAAACGAUAUUUUUUGAGAACGGUUUCCAGAGUGGAAAAAUCUGGCAACGGCGCCGUUGCGAAGUCGUCUGGAUGAGUAGAACGGAUUUGUUUACGAUGACGUCACAACCACAUGACUAGAACAAGCAGCAGUCACUCAUUCACGCCGGGUAGAAGAAGGGGUUUAUGCGCAUGCGUCCUACUUCUUCUAUUGUUCUGGUGUUUCCGAUGGGACCGUCUUACAGCGCCCCUAGAGGUGUGACAUGUGUAUUGCAUCGUUUUCAGCAAGCGUUGCGUUGCCAUAUGGACCUGAUAUUUUACUGAUCCGUUGCCCAUGUGGACGCGAUAUUUUUUUUACCCGCUAAAAAAAAAAUCUCGUUGCCGUUGUCGUGUGGAUGUAGCCUAAGACGCGGGUGUACGUAUAACUAAAGCAAGGUCCAGACAGCACGCUGUUCAGUAAGCCUGGCUAUUCAGGACGGAAGAUAAAGCAGGACAAGAAUGAGGCCCAGGAGGCUGAGUGCAGGAUUCAGAGAGAGAGAGAGAGAGAGAGAGAGAUUACAGAGUGCUGCUGAUGGUCAGAGUGAUGGCCCGUUUGGAAAAUGGCACUAAUGAGGCUCAGCGAGUGGAAAGCCGCGAGAACGAGCCUGGAGAUAAGGAAUGGUGUAACUCGGCUUAUACCGAGCGCUGAUGAAUUCUGCAUUCUGAAUAGAGACAACGUUUUUGAUUAAUUCUCUUUAUUAUAUGGCACGAGCCGCUUCCGGUAAAAUCGUGCGCUCUGAUUGGUUCCUUGGCGCGCAGUAUUUUCCCCUAAUGCCCGUGGGAGAUUACGGACUUUCUUUCCAAGGUGCUGGCUUUCAAUGUUGCAAAAAACAAAACAACAAGUAAAGAUGAACUGGAAAUCAAAACGGAAUCAAAAACAGCAAAAGACAAACAAGAGUCAGUGAGUUAUUCAAGAAAUGAGCAACGGAGAGUGUUUAGAAACCGCUAACCGCUAACAGUUUUGAAACGGCUAGCUGUUUAUUCUGCAUGCGUGACUCAACUACGUUACAAAUAUGACGUGACUGAAAGCAGCGUCACGCCUCAUUAUACUGACCGUCUAUUUUAAUCUUAGAAAUAAAAAAGCCAUGUAAUAAACUCGUGUUAUUAACCUCGCUUGCUCGGUCUUUACGGGAAAAUAUCAGACCGACGUCUUGACAGUACGGACCAAGCCACUAACAUGCUAACAGUUAGCAUGUUAACUGUUAGUAUGUUAACCUUAACGUGUGAGCAUGCUAAGGCUAACAUGUUAGCUUGUUAGAUGUUAGCAUUAGCAUGGAAACAAGUUAACUGCUAGCACGUGAGCUGUUAGCAUUCUAGCCGUUAGUAUGUGAGCUGUUUGCAUGUUAGUGCUAGCAUGUUGACAUGCUAACUGUUGGCAUCUUAGCUGUUAGCAUACUAGCUGUUAGCAAGUGAGCUGUUAACAUGCUAGCCUUAGCAUGUUAACAUGCAGUUAGCAUAUUAGCAUGCUAACUGUUAACAUGUUAACCUAAGUGUUUUAACAUGCGAACAGUUAGUAUGUUAGCUAACGUAUGUGAGCAUGUUAGCCUUAGCAUGUUGACAUGCUAACUGUUAGCAUGUUAGCAUUAGCAUGUUAACCCAAGUGUUCUAAUAUGCAGUGUGUUAGCCAGAGUAUGUUAGCAUGUUAGCCUUAGCAUAUUGACAUGUUAACUGUUAACAUGUUAGCUGCUAGCAUGCUAACUGUUAGCAUUAGCAUGUUAACUAUCAACAUAUUAACCUGUUAGCUGCUAGCAUAUUAGCCUAAGUGUGUUAACGCGAACAGUUAGCAUGUUAGCCUUAGCAUGUUGACAUGAUAACUGUUAGCUUGUGAGCUGUUAGCAUGCUAACUGUUAGCAUGUUAACUGUUAGCAUGUUAACAUGCGAAUAGUUAAGGCCAAUUUAUGCUGACAACCCAGUCCUCGCAGACGGCGUCGCAGAUGGUGUCUGCAUAGUCCCCCCACCUUCGCAGACGCUCUGCGCGCACCUCCCAAAAAUUGUGACCACCACAGAAGCCUCGCAGACAGCGCCGCAGACAAGAGGGCUCUGAUUGGUCCACUCUACAUCCGCUGUACACACACUUCCGCUUCCCUACUUUCCCGGUUUGUUUUGUUUUCACGACCGCCAUUUUUAAAAACACGAGUGAAGAUGGAGCAGCACGAAGAGCGGUUGAUCGAGGAAGUGAGGAAGUACAUACAUCUAUACGACUCCAGUUCUAGUCAUUAUAAGUAACCGGAGGAUAAACACUCCACUAACCACACCCACCAACUACUCCGAGCGAUUUCGCGACUUCGCGCCCCCUUGCGUUGUGGCGGUGAAUAACAUCGCGCACGCCUAUUACUCCCCGCUCAACGAUAAAUUACAACUGUCUGCGAAAAGCUAUCUGUGAAAGCCUUGUCGCAAGAGCAUGCAGAGGCCCUUAGCCAGAGUAUGUUAACAUGUUAACCUUAGCAUGUUGACACGAUAACAGUUAGCAUGUUAGCUGGCUCGGCCCAUACUGUCAAGACCUCGGUCUGAUAUUUUCCCGUGAAGACCGAGCGAGCGAGAUUAAGGAGUUAAUAACAUCAGCAGCAGACUGUAGUGUUAUUUAUACGAAUGCGCUUGUGAGAUUGUAAGAAUACGUUAUUGUUUCCGUAGCAACAACUUGCACAUGGACUUGUACGGCAAGAGCUUCAUGUUGAGAUUUAACAGAACGUUUCACUGCUGGUGAAUUUUAUCAUUUUUGGAAGGAGUCUCAAAAUCCAGGAGUCAGUAAUACUGUACUUUAAGAGUCAGAGGUAAAGCGUUCUGAUACGGGAAAAUCUUCACCACGGAGGAUUUUACAUUUUCAUCAGGAACAAAUACAUUUCACGUUUCUGUUUAAUUCAUUUUAAGAGAGAGGGGGGGAAGGAAACGGAACAACCAUUUAUAGCUGCUAUAAGAUGAGGAAAUAACAGAAGGAGCAAACUUAUUUUGCAGAUGUUCCAGAACACGACGUGGAUAAACUGUAAUACACGUUCUUUAUGAAGAAGUUAAUCAAAUAAAUUGCUGUUAUUGAAAAUAAUCAGCUUUGCUUUUGCUUCGCACCACACCGUCACUGCUUAGUUUCCUCCAACAGCACGCUGCAUCCAGGCUUUUUAUUCCCAACACAAAUCUCAGUCUGAUUUCACUCCGUCAGACAAAUCCUCCUCUUCCACAGACCCCAGACCCACUCGGACGUUUCCCUGCUCAAUGCAGAAACCCUGGAGAAUGCUUUUAAGCUGUUUUAUUUGGGACGUCAUGCAAUGUUUAGUCGUUUCAUGACAAUUAGAAUGAAGACAAAUGUAUUUUCAUCUGAUGAUGACGAGCAAUUUACAGAAGGAAAAGGUUUUUAAAAGAGCAGCAGGUCGGAGUGAUGAAAAGCAUUACGGAGGUGUUGCGUUUGAGUGACGGAUUUAUUCUCCACAAUAAAUGAAGACGUUUUGGGAACAGAACCUCGAUCCAUGAGGGCGUAUGCUUCAUGUGGGCAGUGAGUCAGCCUCUCGCUGCACGAACGCCGUGUCUCACUGGGUCAUCAAACGUAAAGUAACAUUAUUUUAUGAUACCUAUAAAUGUAUAUGUGGGAGGGGGAAGAGAUCAACUAAAAGCUAUUUCUAUUUUAGUCAGAUUUGAAGGGUUUUUUUUUUUUAUCAUGAUGGGGAAUGUAUUCAAAGAAGAGAAGAAUGAUUGAUUGUCAUUUCUUUUUGACUUGUUUUGUUUCUGUGGCUUUUAAACCGUCAGCUGUCACGUCUCUCACUUUACAAUGAUUUUAAAUGAAGGAAGGAAAAUGCUGAAGGAAUGUCGUUCAUGAAGGUUUUGUGAGCACACUUUAACAAAGUACAAGACCUCAGAUAUUACAGAUUUUGUAUUAAAGACAUUUUUCAGAGUAAA